GCACCCUGUGGCAUUCUGCUCAUCCUGACCUUGCCGCUCGCACAUAUCACAAGAUCUUCGGCGGCUACUCCCCGCCCAUACUCGGUAGUUAUAAGCAAGACCGUUCGUCCCUCUCCGCGUAGGAAUGAGUAGCGACGGGCACCCGGUUAUCGAAGUCUCGCAUCUCCCUUCUGCGGCGUCUUUCUAUGCAGAGAUCACUCAGCCGCUGGGCAUCUCUUACCUGUCAGCCUUGCCCGACCGGCUAAACUUCGGCUGGGUCUCAAAACCCGUCGACGAUAAACCACCCCAACCACACGUCGUCUUCUCCCUGCGACAAUCCCCAGCCUCCUCUGCCCACCGCUGCCUCAUCACUCUGGUAGCAAAUUCUGCGGGUGCCGUUGAAAGCUUCUACAACAAGAGCGUGCUGUGCAACGAGGCGAACAAGGACCAUACGCUUGUGCAUUCCGGAGAGGAGAGCAAGGCUCGGACAAGGGAUCUGGACGGCAAUAUGCUGGAAGCCGUCUACUCGGCACGAGCCCCGCACGCGCUACCCCGGAGAAGGACCAUGGAGAUCGAGACUGCGAGCACGCCAAAACAGGCACAACGCGUGCUCAGUUGGCAGCACGAAGUUGCGAGGAGUGUGGCUGCUUCUGGCGCUGAGCCUUCGCCUUCUCCAGCGGGUGAGUUUGGUGCUGAGAUGGUGACUGUGAGAGACCGUGAUGGAGAGAGAGAACCAAUCCGCUACAGGCGGGUCGACACCUACCCUGCCGAGUCCCAGUUCGACACUGGGCGGGCUCCGCGCCUGAUAAGGAGAGAAACCGUGCAGACGGAUCAUUAUCACAUUCCCGGCGACGAAGAGAGGAGCAGUGGGGGUGGGGGUGGGUUGACUGGCAUGAAGCUCGUCGGUACCUUGCUUGGAGCCGCUGCCGGCGCAGCUGUGGCUUAUGCUAUGGUGCGAUCAGAAUCGCCCCCUCGUCAGUCCGGCCCACCACGACGGGCGAGCUACGGCGAUCACCCCGUACCUACGCAUUCGCAGGUAUAUUAUGAGCAGCAGGCGGUGCCACCCUCGAGAGUGAUGGAAAGGAUCCCGGCGAGGAGCUCCAUCAGCGUGGAGCCAAGGGAGCCCCAGUAUUUGGCUCAAUAUACGAUUGCUGGCCCGCCUCCGAGUAGGGUAAACGAUCUGGCGCGGAUUGAGGAGAGGAGUCAUGUGAGUUAUCGGAGUGGGAGGUCGGAACAGAAGUCCACAAGGGAAAGGAGCCGGAGCGCACACGGCUCACGCCAUGAAUCUCGAGCGCUUACGAUCCUCCCCGCUCAAUCGGAGAGUCCGCAUGCAGCCUCUCAUGCAGCCUCCCACGUCUCCCGCCAGAGUCAGAAGACCCACCGCAGUGACGAGAGACGCUCUUCUCAUCACGGAAACCAAGAUGGUGAUAGGCAAAGCUAUGUUUCGACAAGAAGUCACAGAACAGAGAAGGUGGAUGCGAAGUACGAUGGCGGGAGCGGGAGCGGGACCAGUACUACUACCAUCACCGUGGUUCCAGCUGCAAGAGAUGAUAGAAAGAGUGUUAUCUCUGCAAGAAAUAUCCCACUUCCCCCAAGUGUUGUCUCGGCGAGAAACAUACCACUUCCGCAAAGUGCGGCCCAGAGCGUGGUCUCUGCAAGAAAUAUUCCUCUUCCCGAGAGCGUUGUCUCAGGCUCCAGGUAUGCGGCGAGUGUCGCACCGAGCGAUAGUGUGAGUUCGGUGGGGAGCAAGCGGGAAAGGGAGCGGUUACGGGAGCGGAUGAGCCAAAGAUGGUAAUCCCAAUAUCGACAGGAAACCUGCGGGUUAUGAUGGGCCACAACAGUACCUAUCGGUUGAGCAUCGGGACUGGUCGGGAUAGCACCUGGUGUGUUCUUGAGGGAGAUCUUGGGAACGGUCGAUGGUGAUAUUUAUGAGAACCACAUGAAGAUUGCAAAGGAGGAGUUCGGAUUUAUGCAUCAUCUCUUGCACAUAGAUUCCAUUCUGUGUACUCACUCCCCUUAGUUCUUGUUGACAUAUGAUGAAGGCUCAGAUCUGGCAAUACUUUUUAUCAUUAUUGUGUAGAAUGCCAGCGCUUUCAACUCUUGAAGUUCGAAUUUCAGUGUGUAACCUUUCCCCCGCCGCAAUUCGGCAUGUUCUGGAUGAAUGUCAAGGGAAUCAUAUCUUCGUUGUGAGCCGUGAUAGUUGCACAUGGAAGUAGAGUGACGUUACUUACCAUCUUGAUACCAGUUCAUCGGUAUCUCAACGAGAUUCGCGUUUCCGGU